GGGAUUUAACAAAGCAUGAAGCCCUGAGGCAGUCUCAAACAGGCGUGCAAGAGGAACUGAAAACAAGCUAUUCUGAACAGCUUGUUACGACACCUAUAAUAAGCGCUAAAAUGUUUUAUGAGUCUAUAUCAUGGCCAAACCCAAAGCUACAAAGAUGUGAGUGUGAAAAUUGAAUGUUAAAAGAUAACUAUUUGUGUUUGUUUUUUAAUCUUUGGGUAGAUUUACAUUGUGCAGUUGAAGUGACAAAUUGUAAGCGUCCAGUGGGUCAGGUAUUCCUGUUGCACAUCUCCAGAUGUAUUUCUGUGCUUUUAAUUCAAUGUGAAAGAAAUAAUGGGCUGUGUUAACUUUCCCACUCUUCCCCUUUACUUUUCCCCUGUUUUACCCCCUCCCAUCUGUAAAGUCAGCUGGGAGGGAGCUCUGCUUUGUUCCAACAUAGUUCCCUGCAGAGUUGCCAGGGUGGUUCAAGUUGGAAUUUUCUGUCUGUCGACGACCACUUCAAAAAAACAAAAAACAACAACAACAAAAAAACAGUACCAUGGGAAACAACUUUCUUAUUUGGAUACUCGUACUUUGCAUGUUUUAUAAAGUGUCAGGAGAAGGUUGUUCCCUUAUUCUCAAACCGUCCAGGGUUGUGGUGGGCUUCGGGGAGUCGGUGACGGUCAGCUGUGAAGCCACCCGCCCAGUGCGUGUCCUGGGCUGGGAGUCGGCCAUUGGUGCGGUGCACACGCAGGAGGACCGGUCUGUCCAGUGGAAGGUAGACAGCCUUAUUGAGUGGAUAGAGGAGCCCAUCUGCUAUGGGGUUUUUUUCACAGCUCCGAGACAGUGUGAGGAGAAACUCAACCUUGUUCUUUACAAAACUCCAGAUAGCAUUUCCAUCAGGCAGGCGAACCACACUGGCCCCAUGGUGGAAGGAAAAGAGUACCAGCUGCUCUGUGAGGUUCAGAAUAUCGCUCCUGUUCAGUACCUCACACUGAAGUGGUACCGAGGUCAGACUGAAGUCUAUCAACACUCCUUCUCUGACCUCACGUCUUCUUCCCCUGUACAAGUGUCCUCUAUCCUCGUCAUCACGCCAACAAAAGCAGAAAACGAUGCAGAGUAUAAGUGUGUAGCGGAGCUGGACCUUGGACCGGAGGGACCACAGCCGCCUCCCACUCUGGCCUCAGAGCCCCUCGCUGUGUCCAUAUACUUUUCCCCAACAUUUCUAAGUCCUGAAACAGAGGAGUUAGACUUUACAGCAGGAGCUGAAGUCACCUUAAACUGCACUGCCAUGGGAAACCCUGUGCCUGCAUACAGCUGGCAGUCCAUCCAUCCCGCAGAAGAGAAAAUGAAGGCGGAAGCUGUUAUUACUUCCUCCUCGCUGCUCCCAGGCACUUACACAUGCACUGCCUCAAACACACUGGAAAAAAAGAGCAAGCAGUUCAUUAUCAAAGAAAAGAUCAAAGGUGUUUGAGGCUUGCUAUCUCACAACGGAUCAGUUGGCGCGCUCUCUGACUCACAGGGAAAAUUCAUCUGAAUUGAUUUAACUGUUGUUGCAUUGAAGAUGGAAAUUAUGACACAUUUAUGAUUCAGCAGAUGUUGAUGAGGAUCAUGUUACCAUCCAGAGUUAGAUACCAUAGAUAAAAUGUUAUGUUUGGUAACUGUCAUUUUAUAUAUAUA